AUAUAUAACUAAUAUUUUUUUACAGGAGUACUAAAAUAUUCAGGAAGUGGCAAACAACAAACCGGAGUGAUAUUAGUCCAAAGUCUGUACAGUAAAUAAGAAGCAACAGCUAGCUUAGCCAGUUAGCUUAGCUUGGUACAAAGACAAGGAAAAGAAGCUACAGCAAACAUUUGAGUCUAAAAUCAACUCUGAUAAAAACAAAUGAAAAAACAAGAGUGCAAACCUGAUGAGCUAUAAUAUACAGUAGGUUUGGGAUUUUGUCGCUGUUGGACAGAGUCAGAUUUAUUUCCAGCCUUCAUGCCAAAUCGUCUAUGUGCCAAACUAGCUAACCAGUGGUAGGCUGUGGUUUCAUAUUUAGUACAGUUGUAACAGUAUUGGUCAUCUUUUGUCCAGAAACUAAAUAAAAUUAUAUUAAUUUCCUUUGAGAAUGUUUGUCCUCAGUGCUGCCUCCUGUAAUUGAGUCACAGUAAAUUUGAGUCACGAAUAACGAUAAUACAAAUUUUAGCGAGGAAACAUAGGCAUGACCUCCAAAGCGAUACAGCUCCUGUAGACCACAAUGGUAAAUGUCCACCUUUACAAGUGAAAUGCAUGUUUCUAGUGUGGUUUUGGUUUCUAUAACUGUAUAGGAGAAUAAUUUUUUUGACCCCGUGUUUAUGUUACAUUAAGACUUAAAGAUAUAAGUGCAUGGCUACUUUAAGUGACCAUAUGAGUUUGUAUUACUCAGCUCCACUCACUCUCCAACUACUGGCUCAUUUUUGGAUUAGCUAGGAGUUCAGGCACAACCAAGAUGGAGACAGCCAAAAUAUCUACCACUGAACUUCUAAACUGCCAUUUAAGAAACCUAAAGGUGACGUCACGGAGGGUUUGUCCGCCUUUAAAUACAAUAUAGUAAUUAACCUUAACAAGCUAACUGCUAGCACUGUGGCUAAUCGGAAAAUCUUUUUUUUUCACCGAGUUCAAACAAGACACAGUCACCAGACUUUCACCCAGGAGACCUGACUUCCAGUCCUGUCUAAAAAAAAACAUCGUUAUACUGUGGAUAAGUUUAUGCAUCAAAAGUACUUAGGUUUAUUAAAAUUAGAAUAUUUGGGUUAAAAUACACACAGUUACAUUUAUUGCAUGUUACAAAGCUCCCUUUUGUACAUGUCCAGGGUGAUGACACUGCUGAGGAGUCUACAUGCACCUAUUCACACAACAGAAGACUGCAAGUAUUAUUAGAGUUGCUUUAUGUUUAUCAGUGAUCACAAUGGAAGGUUUCUGGAAGGUGGAGGAGGUUCCUACUGACCCAUAUGCAUGGGGUUAAGUUACACUGGUAAUUGACCAUGUAAUGAGCUGAUAAUGUUCAAAUCAGGUGGCUGAAUGAAACAACAUGUUGACUAUUGAGUUUACAAAUGGUCUGUUACCAUUUUGUAACAUUUUAGCUUUAUUAAUGGUGAAAAGUUUACCAAUCCAUUUGCUUCAUAAAUUCUAUAUUAAUCUCUAAAAUAAAAAUAUAAUAAAAGGAUUAAUUACAUGCUUUUUAACAAUAGAACCUAAUCAGAAAGUGUUACCAACAUGACUUUUCCGUUGUCAAAAAUAUGACCAUUAAUCCUUAAAACUAAAACUAAUCCCCUACAAAAAGUCAUGUGAAUGAAAAAGAACAGAUUUGUUUUUGUGGAUGAAUCAUGAGGUUGCUAUCCAGUGUAGCUCAUCAGCAUUUGUCUUCAGGUCACAAGCUCUGUGGGGGUUUUCACUGACUAAACUUUUUGAUUGCCUUGAUCCCACUUUGUUUUCACAUCACAUCCAGUAAAAGGAUUUGUAGGAUUUAUAAAGCUGGCCGCAUUUGAACUCAGUGUGUGAGUCAAAAGGAUCUGAGUGUCCGGCAUAUAUAGCAGAAGCUCAGAUAAAGGCUGUACAAAUAUAUGACAGGUCUCACUUCCUUAAAUGUUCUGUUGCUUUCUUUUUCACACCCUGGAUCACUUCCUUGAUCUUCACAGCCCAUAUGACUGAAACUAGAUAUGGAGGAGCCACAUCGACUUGAUUUGACCUACAUCACUGAAAGAAUCAUCACCAUAUUGUGCCCUUCUGGGUGUCCAGAAGGCAUCUACCUGCAGAACCUGCAGGAGAUUAUAUCAAUGCUGCAGUCCAAGCACGGACACAACUACAUGCUCAUCAACCUCUCACAGAAGCAUGGUAGCCUGACCCGAAUGAACCACAAGGUUUUGGACACAGGCUGGGUGGCUCUCUUGGCUCCCAGUCUGGAUCAGAUCUUCAGUGUGUGCACAGUAAUGGAGAACUGGCUGCAGACCCAUUCUAAGCACGUCUUGGUGUUACACUGCAGGGGAGGAAAAGGCCAGCUUGGAGUUCUGGUGGCGUCUUACAUCCACUUCAGCAACAUGUCAGACAGUGCAGACGUUUCUCUUGACCAUUUUGCCAUGAGGAGGUUCUACAACGACAAGCUCUCUGCUCUGAUGACUCCCUCACAGAAACGGUAUGUGUGGAUGCUUGGCAGCAUAUUAAAAGGAGGACUGAGGAUGUGUCCCUCUCCCUCUUUUCUCCUCUGUGUUGUUCUUCAUGGUCUCCCCAGAAUAAGACCAGAUGGAGGAUGUUGCCUCUUCCUGAGGGUCUACCAAAGUCUACAAGCUGUCUGCACAUCAGCAGUCUACCAUGUCAAUGCAGCUCAGACAGACCGUCUUUACAUUGUGCUUCAGCCUGCUCAGCUGCUCAAAGGGGACAUCAUGGUGGUUUGUUAUGAUAAAAACAGCAGCUCAGCCAGCCGUCAGGUCGUCUUCCGUCUCCAGUUUCACACCGGUCUUGUCGUAGGACACACCCUUGCUUUCUCGAAGGUGGACCUUGAUUGUGCCAAUGAAGACCCUCGGUUCCCAGAAGAUGGAAAAGUGGAGCUGCUGCUCUCUGAAAGUCCUGAAAAAAUUGCAGGCAGAGAGCUGUGGCACAACGGAUGCUCUGUGACGGUGGACUAUGACACCUUGGACCCUUUAGUCAGACAAGAUUCAUAUCAAGACACGUCUUCUCUUGAAACAGCUCCUCCGCAUGUGCUGGACCCUGGAAAUGGCAAUUUCUGCACUAGAGUGAGGAAGAAGAGUAGUGAGGAGGGAGUUUCAUUCCCUUUAAGCACCAGCACUCCCAACUGCAGUGACCGAGCACCGUCUGCCAGCAGUGAUUCAGGCCUGUCUGUCGCCUCACAGGGGCUGACCGGAGCCAGACAGAGGAGAGGGACCACACAGGACAAGGGUACCCAGGCUGAGAAGCUGGUUUCUGGGGUGGACUUUGAGCUUACUCAGCCUCUUCUUGAGGUCAUGACUGAGCUUGCUUCGUCCAGUGGAGGGAAGGGGGAGAUAGCUGGAGAUGAGUCUGGAUUGGGACACAAUACCAAUGGAGAGGCAAGUGAGAGAGAGACGGACAUACUGGAUGAUGAGGAUGAAGUAGAUGAUGUGGCAGUUCCUGCUAUGGACAUGCUGAGUUCAAGUAGUAUUGGCUCCCUCUCAUCUGAAAAUUUGCCUGAAAGUCAGAGACCAACCCGAACUGAGUACUCCACACACUCCUGGGUACAGCAGCAGCAGAUGGCAGGUAUUGUCAGGGGUAACUUGCUUGCAGGGGACGGAGCAGGGGCAUCAUUGGGGGCAAAUAAAAAAAGGCCGCCCCGUCUGGUUGUUCCUGACACACCUCCUCGAGGAUUCAGCAGCAGGGAAGCAGUUCAGAGAGGGCUGGUGGACGAGGACAAUGCGCAUAAUGUCACAGAUAAUACACACAACACACAGUCCACAAAGACCACACACACUUCGCCUUGUCAAGAAGAUGAACUGGAGUCAUUAACCACAGACUUUGAUGAGUCCAUAGAGCAGCUUAACCAGCUGAUUCUGGAUUUGGACCCCACCUUUGUCCCUGUUCCUACCCGCUGUGCCCCCUUGUCCCGCUCUGCCUCCCUACAUACCAAUGGCCUCAGCCAUAAGGAAACCCAUCUAUCAGGAUGGAAGCAGCAGAAGCAGGCCAGUGAUGUGACAGACUAUGCUGGCCUCCAUUCUUCAGGAUGGAGAGGAGGUGGACCUCAGACUCUCAGAGGCUCCCCAGUCUACAGUCCCUCUCUCUCAUCGUCUCAGCAUGGCCAUCUCUACAAAACCAACAGUGUGGAUUAUCGAGGACAAGCGGAUACCUCCGACAUCGUCCCUCCAACUCCGGCCUUCCCAGUGUCUCCUCCAACGCCCUACGUGAAACAUUUCUCAGAGAUUUCCCAGCUCAGGAGUGGUGGGCAGUGGGAGCAACACAGCUGGACACAAGAUUCUCGGAGUUUCCUGGACAGUAUGAACCACACCAGCAGCUCCACAGAAGGGGAGCUGUUCAGGUCAGAUGUGUCCGUCACUCCUACUUCCUGUCAGAGGAUCUUUGGCUCCAUGUGCUCAGUAUCAUCAGGCAGCCCCCUCCCUCACACAGACAGCUCCACUCCUCCUCCAGUGUGGCAUGACCGGACUCCAAGCUCCCUAAACUCCCCAUACCCUCCCCAGCCCUCACCCCCUCUCUCGCUCAGCACUCCCAAUGCUCACAGUUCUCCCCGGGGGGCUCUGAAAGGCCUGGCUGGGAGUCGUGGGGUCCACAGGGGGACAGACAGCACAGACUUGUCCUCACUGUUGUUGGGGAACGGCGGCCUGGAGCACAGCCUGUUGGAGGCCAUGGAGGGCCUCGGGAAUCUGAACCUGGGGGGAGAGGGGGACCUCGCUCCGCUGCUGCCUGAGAAGAGAAGAGGGGGUGAGGGGGGAGACCUUGGCUCACACUCCCCUUCUUUGAGUGGGUUUUCCAGCCCUCACAGUGGCAGCAGUCUCAGUAUCCCUUUCUCGUCUUCCAUGACCUCCGACCCCCUCAGAGGACUCAGUGGGGUCCUGUCGCCUGGAGCAGACUUUGGCAGUAAGCAGGACACUGUGAAGUUUGUUCAGGACACGUCCAAGUUCUGGUACAAGCCCGACAUUUCCAGAGACCAAGCCAUCGCAGUGCUGAAGGACAAAGAGCCCGGCUCAUUCAUUGUCAGAGACAGCCAUUCAUUUCGUGGGGCGUAUGGAUUGGCCAUGAAGGUGGCCACACCUCCUCCGUCAGUGCUGCAGCAGAGUAAAAAACUAGGAGAUCUGUCCAAUGAGCUGGUGAGACAUUUCCUGAUAGAGUGCACACAGAAAGGAGUUCGUCUGAAAGGCUGCCCCAAUGAGCCCUACUUUGGAAGUCUCACAGCUCUGGUGUGUCAGCACUCCAUCACUCCUUUGGCUCUGCCCUGCAAACUUAUUCUGCCUGACAGAGAUCCAGUGGAGGAGAUAAAUGACUCGUCUGCACAAACUGCAACAAACUCUGCAGCCGAACUUCUCAAACAGGGAGCAGCGUGCAAUGUGUGGUACCUGGGCUCUGUGGAGCUAGAGUCUCUGACGGGAUACCAGGCAGUUCAGAAGGCGACCACGACAACACUCUCUAUGGACCCUCCACCGGCCUCCACUGUCGUCCACUUCAAAGUGUCGGCACAAGGAAUCACACUCACUGACAACCAGAGGAAGUUGUUCUUCAGAAGACACUACGCUGUCAACACUGUAAUAUUCUGUUCUCUGGACCCACAGGGGAGGAAGUGGACGAGGGACAGCGGCUCCACUGCAAAGAUCUUUGGAUUUGUAGCCAGGAAAUCUCAGAGUGACACUGAAAACAUGUGCCAUCUGUUUGCUGAACACGACCCCGAGCAGCCGGCGAGUGCCAUCGUCAACUUUGUGUCUAAGGUCAUGAUCGGGUCACACAAAAAGUAAAAAAAUAAAAGAAACUGGAGCUGCAGAGGAAAGGACCUGGACUUAAAGAACAGCUUAUGAUGCCAACAUUACAUAAAUAUGAAAGAUGAAGAGCCAAAAACACUCCAGCCCUCAAUUCUGUUGAUCCUUGCAGCAGAACUUGUGUAUUUUGUACUGGAUGCACUGCAGGAUGUUUGCCACCAGAGGGAACCAUCACUGCCACACAGAAAGUUGAACUCAUCAGCAGGAGACUAUAACUAUUUCCAUGCAUGUUUCUGGAGCUUUUUCUUAAUUUUUUUUAAAUAAAAUGUGUAUAUGAGCAAACACUUUUUCACAGAAGGUCUAGUAUAAAAAACUAUUUCUCUCUCUACUUUAUUUGACCUCCACUACGGUUCAAAAGUUUGGGGUCAUCCAGACAAUUUCAUGUUUUCCAUGAGAACUCAUACUUUUAUUCAUGUGCUAACAUAAUUGCACAAGGGUUUUCUAGUCGUCAGUUAGCCUUUUAACACCAUUAGCUAACACAAUGUAGCAUUAGAACACAGGAAUGAUGGUUGCUGGAAAUGUUCCUCUGUACCCCUAUGUAGAUUUUCCAUUAAAAAUCAGCCGUUUCCAGCUAGUAUAGUCAUUUACCACAUUAAUAAUGUCUACACUGGAUUUAUCAUUCAUUUAAUGUUAUCUUCAUUGAGAAAACUGCUUUUCUUUUAAAAAAUAAGGACAUUUUGAAGUGACCCCAACUUUUGAAUGGUAGUGUAUUUUUUUAAAAAUUCAUUCUAAAUGUUCCUCUUCACACUGACUUUGCCUGUUUCUGGCAGUUAAAAGCUGCCCAGUGAAACAUAUGAAACCAGGAGAAUAUUAAAUAUUCUGCACAUAAACAUGCAUUUUGAAUUAUAUUAUGAUUCUGAAACCUUUCCUUGUUGCUAACACUGUGUAAAUCAGGUUUCAACACCAGCUUUGGGCAAACAACAGGCUAAUUUUUAUAUCAUAUCAAAACCAACAGUACUGUUGCCUGACAAAGCCAAUACAGUGGUUGCCCUGUACUUAAGAUGGAUUUAUUGUGUUGUGUUUGUAUAUUGCUCUAGAUAUUUAUCCCUUUUACUGAUGUGUAAAAGUCUCUGUUUUUCCUAAAUGUACUUGUCAUAUAUUUUUAUAUAUUAACACAAACUGUACAUUAGGAUUAAAGGAAAAUAUAUCACAUAUUGUUGUGGAAGAAUAUGAUGUGAUAUUUUACAUAACAGUAAGCUACUACAUAAUGUGCUCAUCUAUGCUUCUUGUAUUACUAAUAUAGCUGUUAAUAUGUUAAUUUACCAAUAACUUCAAUACAGACUUGUGUACAGUUA